AGAGCAACCGCCGCACACGAUUUAGUAGAGAGAACGAGAUACGAGAGAUUGGAGCGUUUGUGUAGUAAAGUAAAAAUCUGUAGGCCCUCGGAAGCUAGUGAGUGGACAGAAUUCUCCAGCCACCCCAGGCAAAAUCAAAACAGUCUUCGGAAAAGGGAAAACAAAUUUGUGUUGUUUUUUUGUUUUGUGCACCGCAAUUUGGGGGACAAGUUUAUUGUGUCUGGUGAAAGUUAAUUGAUCGAAGUUGGCCGUAGCCAAGUGUCUUCCGGUUAGAAGUAUUACGCAAACCAAAAAACGGCUGACAGUUGUGGUUGUGAAAAGAUACGCGAUCGGUUCGAAUCCGUAGUGUCGUCGAAGUGAGCAGCGCAAUAUCUGGAACAUUCCACCGACUGAACACAGCAGCAAAAAAAAAAAAAAACGGAAGAACAAUGAAGGUGACUUGUGUUCUGCUGAUUGGAGCUCUGCUGGCUACCGGCUAUGCUUAUCCAGCCAGCAAAGAAAGCAAGAGCAGCUCCAGCGACCCAGCCGACGAUGCCGAAUUCAUUGUGGUUCCGUUGGAACAUCAGAGGCCAUCCUUCUACAACCGAUAUCCCAGCAGUUUCGACGGUUUCGAUGGUGUGCUGGAUACCGCCGACUUCCCACACAGCCCAAGCUCGGGUUACUUCCCGUCGAUCAAUCCGUUCACGUGGCAGUUCUCAUCUUACCUGGAUGAUUUGAUGAGACGUCUUCGUGAUCGGUUCUCCGGCUCGUGGAAUCCAUUCUAUGGUGGCGGUGACUUUGCCCCAUCUGGACCAGGACUAUGGCCAGUGGAAAUCCCUGAUGAUUCUUCGGAUGCCACCAAAACCAACACGACUUCAACUGUUAAGAUCAUCGAUGGUCACAAAGUCGUCAUCAACGAUACCUACUAUACCAAGAACACCGAGUUCGGAACAUCGAUCUACAAGGUGCGCGUAAUCGACGUCAAGCCUCUGGAUGGGGAAGAUGACGGAAAAGCUUCCACGGAGAAGCCGGAAAUCGAAACUGGAAAUCGUUCCGGCACGGAUGAUGCGGAAACUCCCAAGGAAAGCAACGACGACGACGACGACGAUUCGGACAAAAAGGAACAACCUGCCACCGAUGCUCCCAAGCGUGACACCGAGCUGGAAGCGAGUGAUGAAGAUACCACUCCUGCCGAUGACAACCUGAACACGAUCAACAACGACAUCGAUAGUUCGAAGAAGGAAGAGCACAGCACAACAUCUGGUAUUGAAUCUUUCGAGAGCUUGGAAUCGGAGCCACUAGACAAACUGGUCACAAAGUCUCCGAUACGGGAAUCUCUGGAGCGCAACAUUCUGAGAACUGAGCUCGACGAAGAUCGCGAGGACGCCAGUUCGGUCGAUGAAUCGCAGGAAACGUUUUCACCGGACGAAUGGAAACAGUAUCACGACGAUCGGAAGAGAAUCAUGGUCAGUGUGGACAACCGAUUUCCUCCCACGAACCAGCAUCAACUGGAUUCCAAUGGAUUUCUGCCGCCGGGAGCCAUUGACCUAUCCAACGACAUCGCCAUCAAUAACAUGCUAGCCGAUCAAUCCAUUCCUCUUCACCCGGACGUAGAAGUGUUUUCUCCGAAUCGCCGGCGACCAGCGCAGCAGGAUCCGAUGCAGCCGUUCCCAGUAUUUCCCGGGUUUUCACAAUCGUUUCCGGGUGGAAAUCGAUUCCCGGCUCAAUAUCCAAACCAAUUUCCUCAGCAGUUUCCGCAGCGUCCGAACGGACAGUUUCCGGUUCAAACGUUCCCAAUCUUCCCCCAAUUCGGUAGUCAGCGACCAGAACAAGGCCAGGGACAGCGACCGGGAGGAUUCGGACAACCUCAGGUUCCGGUACUGAUGAUGAGUUUUCCACAGCCAUUUCCCGCAAGGUUUCGCGAAGUGAGGCCUUGAGCUCGACGUUUGUGGUUGGGUUAAUCCGUUUAUUUAUUUAUUUAUUAAUUUAUGUUUCAUAGUUGGAUAGUAAUUUAUUUAUUUGUUCAACCAUAAAACAACCAAAGAACAAACCGGUAGGUGACAUUUACUAAUCCUAGAGAUUGUUCGUAGUAAGGCAGAGUGCAAUUAUUAUAUUAUAUCGUUUAGCAGAGUGCAAUUGAUUUCUCCUACUAAACGGUGUCGCGCGCUUUGAUAAUGAUUGAUUCACAAGAAGACUGGAACAACUAAUUGAAUUAACUAAUAUAUCAUAGUAAAUUUGAUAUAUUUGGCUACUGUAAGGAUACUAGUAUUUUUAAGACAUUGACAGAAAAUAAAUAA